CAGAGACCAGAAAACAUGUCACAGACCAGGAGGACCACGUAUACCCGGACCACCAGCAGUGGCAGCAGCAGGAUGAGCUCGGACGGGGGCGGGCGGCCCGUCAAGGUGGGCUCCCUGGUGGAGGUGAUCGGGAAGGGGCAGCGCGGCACGGUGGCCUACAUCGGCACCACGCUGUUCGCCUCCGGGAAGUGGGUCGGGGUCAUCCUGGACGAGGCCAAGGGCAAGAACGACGGCACGGUUCAGGGCAAACGCUACUUCACCUGUGAAGAGAAUCACGGGAUAUUUGUGAGACAGUCACAGAUUCAGCUGGUUGAUGAUGGCGCCGACACAACAUCUCCAGAAACACCCGAGCCCGGCACCGGAAAGGUCCUCAAACGAGAGAUCCUGGAGACGCCCAAGUCCAAUAAACUGCGAGGAGUGAAGCCCAAAAAGGUGCUGCAUGUUUCUCUAACCUCGACUCCUGCACCCCGGAAGACCACGGCCAGAAGGCCCAAGCAGCCCAGCAGACCUGCGGGCGCCGGAGGGAAGGGGGCUGCGUCCGGCUCGGCCUCCGCCUCCGCCGGAGAGAUGAGCAGCAGCGAGCCCAGCACGCCGGCUCAGACGCCGCUAGCCGCCCCGGUCAUCCCCACACUCCACUCCCCCGGAAACCCCCCGGCCCCUGUCCCCAGCAAGGAGGAGGAGGCGCUGCGAGCUCAGGUGAAGGACCUGGAGGAGAAGCUGGAGACUCUGAAGAUGAAACGGACGGAGGACAAAGCCAAACUGAAGGAGCUGGAGAAGCACAAGAUCCAGCUGGAGCAGCUGCAGGAGUGGAAGACCAAGAUGCAGGAGCAGCAGGCCGAGCUGCAGAAGCAACUGAAAGAGGCCAAGAGGGAAGCCAAAGAGGCUUUGGAGGCGAAGGAGCGCUACAUGGAGGAGAUGUCCGACACGGCGGACGCCAUUGAGAUGGCGACGCUGGAUAAGGAGAUGGCCGAGGAGCGAGCCGAGUCCCUGCAGCUGGAGGUGGAUUCCCUCAAGGAGAAAGUGGACGAGCUCACCAUGGACCUGGAGAUCCUCAAGCACGAGAUCGAGGAGAAAGGUUCGGACGGCGCCGCUUCCAGUUACCAUGUGAAGCAGCUGGAGGAGCAGAACAGCAGGCUGAAGGAGGCUCUGGUCAGGAUGCGAGACCUGUCGGCCUCGGAGAAGCAGGAACACGUGAAGUUGCAGAAGCAGAUGGAGAAGAAGAACGUGGAGUUGGACUCCCUGAGGAGCCAGAAGGAGAAGCAGCAGGAGGAGAUGACGGUGGCGGAGAAGACCAUCGACGAGCUGAAGGAGCAGGUGGACGCGGCGCUGGGGGCGGAGGAGAUGGUGGAGACUCUGACAGAGAGGAACCUGGACCUGGAGGAGAAGGUCCGGGAGCUGAGGGAGACGGUCACCGACCUGGAAGCCAUCAAUGAGAUGAACGACGAGCUGCAGGAGAACGCCAGAGAGACGGAGCUGGAGCUGAGAGAGAUGCUGGAUCUGGGCGCAGCCAGAGUCCGAGAGUCCGAGAAACGGGUGGAGGCCGCUCAGGAAACUGUGGCCGACUACCAGCAGACCAUCAAGAAGUACCGCGAGCUCACGGCUCACCUGCAGGAGGUGAACAGAGAUCUGACCAGCCAGCAGGAAGCCUCGGCAGAGCUGCAGCAGCAGGCGCCGGCCGAGAUGUUUGACUUCAAGAUCAAGUUUGCGGAGACGAAGGCCUACGCCAAGGCUAUUGAGAUGGAGCUGAGGAAGAUGGAGGUGGGUCAGGCCAACAGACACGUUUCUCUUCUGACCGCCUUCAUGCCCGAGUCCUUCCUCCGCCACGGCGGCGACCACGACUGCAUCCUGGUGCUGCUGCUCAUCCCCAGACUCAUCUGCAAGGCCGAGCUGAUCAGCAAACAGGCGCAGGAGAAAUUCGACCUGAACGAAACGUGCGUGGAGCGAGCCGGGCUGAAGGGAGCCGUCGGGGAGCAGCUGAGCUUCGCCGGCGGCCUCGUCUACUCGCUGAGUCUGCUGCAGGCCACGCUUCACAAAUACGAGCAGGCUCUGGCUCAGUGCGGCGUGGAGGUCUAUAAGAAGAUCGGCUCUCUGUACCCGGAGAUGAGCGUCCACGAGCGUUCUCUCGACUUCCUCAUCGACCUGCUGCACAAAGACCAGCUGGACGAGACGGUCAACGUGGAGCCGCUCACCAAGGCCAUCAAAUAUUAUCAGCACCUGUACAGCAUCCACCUGGCGGAUCAGGACGAGGACUGCACCAUGCAGCUGGCCGACCACAUCAGAUUUACCCAGAGUGCCUUGGACUGCAUGGCGGUGGAGGUGGGGCGUCUGCGGGCGUUCCUGCACGCCGGCCAGGAGAAGGCCGACCUGGCCGUCCUGCUGAAGGACCUGGAGACGUCCUGCAGCGACAUCAGGCAGUUCUGCAAGAAGAUCCGCCGCAGGAUGCCGGGGACCGACGCGCCGGGCAUCCCGGCGGCGCUCAGCUUCGGACAACAGGUGUCGGACACGCUGUCAGACUGCAGGAAGCACCUCACCUGGGUGGUGGCGGUGCUGCAGGAGGUGGCGGCGGCCGGCGCUCAGAUGAUGUCGCCCCUCGGAGAACAGGAGGGGCUGUCGGCGGUCAAACUGGAGGACGUGGCCUUCAAGGCCGGGGAGCAGAUCUAUGGAUCGCAGGGCGCCAAUCCGUACGAGUGUCUGCGGCAGUCCUGCAGCAUCGUCAUAGCAACCAUGAACAAGAUGGCGACCGCCAUGCAGGAAGGAGAGUACGACUCAGAGAAGCCUCAAAGCAAGAAUCCCCCGCCUGUGGACGUGCGGGCGGCGGCUCUCAGAGCGGAGAUCACAGACGCAGAAGGUCUGGGCCUGAAGCUGGAGGACAGAGAGACGGUCAUCAAGGAGCUGAAGAAGUCGCUGAAGAUCAAGGGAGAAGAGCUGAGCGAGGCCAACGUCCGCCUGAGCCUGCUGGAGAAGAAGCUGGACAGUUCGUCCCGGGACGCCGACGAGCGGGUGGAGAAGAUCCAGACCCGGCUGGACGAGGCUCAGACUCAGCUGAAGAAGAAGGAGAAGGAGUUCGAGGAGACCAUGGACGCCCUGCAGGCCGACAUCGACCAGCUGGAGGCGGAGAAGGCGGAGCUGAAGCAGAGGAUCAACAGCCAGUCCAAGAUGACCAUGGACGGCCUGAGAGGCUCCGGCACGUCGGGAAUCGCCUCCAUCGUCACCGGAGCGGCCGGAGAGGAGCAAAAAGCCACCAUGAUGCCCGGCGUGGGCUCGGGUUCGGGCGUCCAGGUGAUCGACUCUCCGCUGCUGACUCAGCAGAUCGAAGCUCAGAGACUGUGCAUCAAACAGCUGAAGAACGACAACAACAGACUGAAGGCGGAGAAGAUGCGCGCCCAGCUGGCAUCGCUGCCGCCGCUCCACGUCACCAAGCUGCCGUCCAGAGACGGCGGACGGCCCGAGGUGCUCUCCAGCGCUCUGUACCGCAAGACCGACCAGCUGCUGGAGACGCUGCUGCAGAUGAGCGCCAACGUCAAGGUGGUGGACAUCACCGGGAAAUCCCCAGUGACACCUAGUGCUCAGCUGCUGGAACAGACGGCGCGGCUCCAGUCCCUGAGCGACACUCUGGACCGGCUGAAGGGCGAGGUCGCCGAGCACGUGGUGAACCAGCAGCCGGGAGCUCGAGUCGCCUCGGACUUCGCCACCUUCCCCUCCACCUCGUUCGUGAAGGCCAAGGAGGAGAAGCAGGGCGACACGGUGCUGGUGGGCCGCCUCAUGGUGCCGUGUCCCCGCGGCCAGGAGCAGGUCCACCGCCUCGUCCUGUCGCAGUGUCAGCUGCAGAGAGUUCACAGUCUGCUGCGGACCUGAGUCGGCACCCGCCUGCACCCCUGAUCCUGAUCCUGCCUGCCGCACCAACGUAAAACACACCACCGCCGCCUGCUGCCGUCGGCUCGUCUCCAGCAGGACUUCACGUCCCGUCACACCUCCACAUCUCUGGAUUUUACACUGACAGUCAGUUUUAGACGGGCGAUCGUUUCCAUUCAGUUUUUAAAGGUGCAGUAUGAACCAGUGCGACGCUUCUUUCAUUCUUCAGCUGGGACAUUCUGGACAAUCUGAUUCUCUGUGAUCAUGAGAUCAGAUUGUCCUGUUUACAUAAACACUGAAGGGUUAUUCGUCAUCUGAUUCAUUCAGUGGAUCAAUCCCGGAGUAGUUUAGAAAGUGGCACAAAAUCACAACAGUGUUGGAUCAGAUUAUUUCUGGUCAUGUAACCGCAGCUGCUGUAGUAGUUUGUCUUCAGUCGGGAUUUUUUUUAAUGUAGGUUUUUUUUUUUUUAUAUAUAUAUAUUUAUAUCUGAUGACUGACUGGAUGCUGAACCCACCAGACUGAGGUUAGCUGGUUAUUAAUACCCACAGCACUAAACAGAGCUUUAGCAAACAUUUAAAAAACUAAAUGCAUAAAUGCAUACUGCACCUUUAAAUGUGAGGAUUUGCUGCUUCUGUAAGUCAGAUAUUAACUCACCGUCUCUGAGUUUUGUAAAACGAGUUGCAUCGUUGUCAGAGUGGUGUGUUUACCGGCUGUCCCGCAGACUGUAAAUUCCAGAGCGGAUGUUGAAUGAGGUAUGUCCGCCUGCACUGCUGCAUGCCGCCCAGACCCUGCCGCGGUCCCGGCGUGGAGGCCGCUCGCUGCUGACUGUGGACGCCGCUUCACGUUUCUCUGCUGAACUGUCGGUGUUGCUGCUGAAGCCCAGCAGGAUGUGAAGAACCACGAGGAGCCGGUGAGGCUUCGCUCCGGGGUUUGUUUGAAUUUUUUUUUUUACACACUAACCAUCUCAAAGGCGAAGAAGGGUGAAGAGAUCUGGCUUUUUACUGGAAAAAAGGAGACUUUUUGCACAUUUACCAGAUCGACCUGCGGUGAUAGAAGAAGCCAGAGGAGAACAAACACGCACAUCUUGAUUUAACUUGAUUUCUGCGAAGAUUUAGUUUUUUGCACAUUGCAGCCGCCAAGUUAACAAAAGAACUGAGAAUUUUAAUACUGCUGUCAUUUUGAUUUCAUUGUUUGAGACGCUGGUUUCACCUCGGUAGGAUAGGGAUGAACUGACGAAGCGUUCAGGGACCGGUGGAGUCUGAUCCAGAUCCUGCAGCGUUUACAUCACAUCCAUCAAAUCAUAUCACGUAAUCUCAAUAACAAACCACAAACUCCACAGUGCUCCCUUUACUUUAGUGACUGGACAGUAAAGCUGCAGACUGAGGUUGGACUCUACGGUUUUAAUUAUUUCAUAUUUAUUGCUGUCCUGGUGUGAGUUGUUCCUGCGUACUUUAACAUGCUUGGCAUAAAUGGCACGUUAACCAGACUCCAGACGUCCACGGACUGUAAACUGUGCGCUGCUGGAAUCCCUGUAGACUUUGUCCGAGCCUUAAACCUGCAGAGAGCUUUGUGGUAAAAAUCAGUCACCUGCCUUUUUUUUGUUUUUUUUUUUAACCAAACCUUUAAAGCAAAACUACAUCUUUGCCAAAGAAUCUUUGUUUCUCUUCACAUUUGCCAUGGCUGAGUUUUAACAGGUUAUUUUUUUUUUAAAUUAAUCCAUGAUAAUUAUUGUAUUUAUUGAUUUUGUUUACCUGGUGAAGUUUCUGUUCGUGUCGUGAGCUGAUGCAUCGGCGUAACUGUAGCUCCAGAGGGAAAAUAGUGGCGGCAUUUCUAAUUUCUUUGUGACCUUCUCGUGCUUUCUGUGAGCAGCUGAUGUUCUGAAUCUGUCGUCGCUUCUCCUCGUGUGGCUUCCUGCUCUCGCACAAACGGAUCAAAUAAAGACUUUGAAAA